AUGUGGGUCUGUGCGCUGCUGUGUGCCGCUCUGGCAGCCGUGGCUGGGGGCCGCUGGUCGCAGCCCGAUCCGCUGACGGCUAUGAAAGAGGCACACCUCCGCUCGGCGAGGCUCAAGGUGGAGCUCGAGGGAGACCUGAUGAUCGGCGGACUGAUGAUGGUGCACGAGCGGGAGGACCCCUGCGGACCCAUCAUGCCUCAGGGCGGAAUCCAGGCGCUGGAAGCGAUGUUGUACACGCUGGACUACAUCAACAACCACGAGGACGACAUGAUUCCGGGCAUCCAGCUGGGCGCCCUGAUCCUGGACGACUGCGACAAGGACUCCUACGGACUCACUCAGGCCGUUGAGUUCAUCAAAGUGAAGGACGCGAUUCAUCUGUCCUUGCAAUGAAGGACGACGAGGCUUCUGAAGUCAGUGCUGCACUAGCGCUGCACAAAAACUUGAAACUAUGUUGUCAGCAAGUAGCGUGAUUCGGUCGUAUUGUAACCAUUCACUGUCAAAAGGAAACGUUGGUUAUUCGUUGUUUUUAAAUGCUCUUAUAUUCUACAAAGAUCUAUUUUUAAGAGCACAUUUCCAAUUAAAAGCGAAAGUACUCUUA